UUGUUUAAAAGUUUCCGAAGUAGGAUUAGAAGUCAAAUAGCUGUAACUAUGCCAAAAUCUUUCCUAGUUAGAACCGGUAGAGAAUUUUCCGAAGAAGUGGAAAAAGACUCUAGCACAGAUAUUGCACUACCACAGUUCGACAAACCAAACCCGCAACAAAUACUGGACUUCACCCGUUCCUAUCUGAUGCCGUGCCCAUACACAACAUAUGCUUCGUCACUAUUAUCGGGUGAAAACUCUUUAGUUAACUCAGAGAGGAUGUCAGCAAGUCCGCUACAUGCAUUUCCGUUUCCGGCGUACAUGGCUUUCAACUCAUAUACCAUGAACCAGUUCAGUUAUUCCCCUUUGUUGUCUUUGAUUAACACAAGUGAAAAUGUGGAGAAAAUGUACAAGGACACAAUUUGUGAAUACCGAGAAAAACAAGGAUUAUGUAGUGUAAAAUCAGAAGAUGUUGUGAAACCAAAACCUAAGUUUGAUUUUGCUAACUUGGCAAGGUCUGCAACACAGGAUUCCGAAUGUCUUGACUGCCAUCGGAACCAAGACGCACAAAUUAUCAGUCACGUGAUGAUGAAUAUAGGGAAUUUAAGAUAUAACCCUUUAACAAGUAGUUUCACGCCAGUAUCAAAUCUACGGUCAAACGUUCCACAACCUGUUAAGAGACCGAGAGGCAGAGGUCCAGCUAGAACGAAGAAAGAAUUUAUUUGCAAAUACUGUGGUCGCCAUUUUACAAAGUCAUACAACUUGUUGAUUCACGAGAGAACACAUACUGACGAACGUCCAUAUCCUUGUGAAAUUUGUGGAAAAGCAUUCAGACGACAGGAUCAUCUUCGAGAUCAUAGGUAUAUCCAUUCCAAAGAGAAACCAUUUAAAUGUACGGAGUGUGGUAAAGGUUUCUGUCAAUCACGGACCUUAGCUGUUCAUAAAACCUUACAUAUGCAGCAGAACUCCCUUCCGAGACCUACAAAAACAUCUCCAGCAACGAUAACAUCUUCAAUAAUAUGAACAGACUAUGAGAGUGUCAUGUUGUGUUUUGUGCAAUACUGUGACUUCUUUUCAUUUUCGAAUUGAAGUAGGGGAGAUAACUUUGGAUGUAAAUGAACUUAAAACGAGUGAUUUCCCUUCGCUCGUUUUGAUAUACAACAAACACUACCUCAACUGGAUAAAAUGAUCCCUGAAUUCCAAGAAAAUAAAAUCAACGAGAGAAAAACGAUGAAGUGAUAUAAUGCAUAAUAAUUUAAACUAUUGCCGCAACUUUGUAAAAUUGCGAUACAUGUUUAAGUGAAAAACUUAUUUUGAAAAACUGAUCUUUUCUUGUGUACUAAUAAUAUGAACUUGAGUGCUUAAUUAUUUGUAAAUAGUAUAUUUAUUUGCAUGAACAAUCUAGUCGUUUAGAAUUUAAAGUGAAUAUAUGAUAUAAUGAGCCACAUUGUGCAAUAUAUGUAUAUAGAAAUUAUCACUUAAUGCAAUAAAACUUGAAAUGUUA